GAUGUCAGGGGCGAGUUCAACUUCGUGAAGUUCAAGUUCUGCCUGUCAGACCUCACUGUCGUUCGUCGAAUGGCAGACUUGCGUGCCGUCCAGGGCAGCAAGGCAGCUGGGUGGAAAGUGGAGAAAGCGAAGGAGACAAUGGAGUUUUUCGCGAACCGUGACGACGAGGUAUUUUGUGCGGAUGGGGAGCCGGCGGAGCAGCUGAUGCCUCGCUUGGCCAAGGUCGGCAACGUUCUUCCGUCGUUAGACGCCUCCAUUCGAUGUUUCUCUCAUGCGGCACAAGCCAGCUUGGAGUCGAUCGUCAAGUCAGACGAGAAGAUGGGCUAUUUGAUGGAUCGUCUGGUUACUCGCUUUGCUGACACACACAGCAGGGGAUCCUUGGCCAGGGCAUUAAAAAAUAGCCCAAAGUUGGCAUCCAUGUUUCGAUCUGAAGUAAGACUGGAGCCCAGCGUGGUGUCAGAGCUUUCGGCCAGCUCUGCGAUGCAAUCAAGCUUUGCAAGUCAGAGGUGGGACUCCACAGUAGAGGCCCUUAGGUUGAUCGUCCUCAGAUUGAACGAGAUUCUGAAGUUCCUUUGCAAGGUUUGCUUGACGGACGACAACCGUGACUGGGCACUGUCAGUCCUCCAGGUUUUUACCUGGCCGAACAUCAUUGCCAUGUGCUUGCUUGUGGAGUUCAUGUCGUGCGUCAGACAGCACAUCCACUCGUUUGACAAUCAGGGCGGCACUCGUGGCAGCGGCUCUCGUCAGAAGAAUGUGAAUGGCAAUGCUGUUAGCAGGAUUGUUUUCGCAUCUCGGAGGUCCCGGAUGGUGUCAGAAAUGCUGGCAAGGUUGUUUGAUUAUGAGAUCAACGGGACGAAACACAAGCCACUCGUGUUAGAUCGGAACUUCACCCACGGGUACUGUCAGAUUGCAGCUGAAGCUCUGAAGUUCGGCAGUCAGAAAUCGUUCUCUGUUGUCCACAAGGGCCGGUUGCUGUAUCGCCUCUACAGCCACGACUUGGAUCUGAAGUGUUUGAUCGCUGACGGCCUCGGCUCCAUCGCCAACAUGAAGCGAGCCUAUCUUCAAAGCGUCUUGUCAGACCACGAAGCUGGUCUGGGAGAGGCCUUCGAGCCUUUCGACGUAACACAAUGGGUGGAGACACGGGAUGACAAGGCUCUGUCAGACGUUCUGCGGCCAUUGGCGACGGUGGGCAAGGUGGAGGUGGAACCGCUGGUGAAGGAGCUGCUGGUGGCCAGACCGACAGCACUGGCUGCGAUCAGGAGGGGAUGCACGGAUCCAGAAAUAUUUUGGCCAGAGGUCUUGCGGCACUGGGGCCGUAAGACACUUCCCAUACUGAACAAUCUGGUUCCCUUCAUGCUGAGCAUCUGGGUGAGCUCGUCAGAGCUAGAACAAGAUUUCUCCUACCUUCAGCUUUUUCAGUUGAAGAGUCGCAUCUGUGAGACACACCUGCGGGACUUGCUCAAGGUUCUGCUUGAUGGGCCGUCGGUGUCAGACUUGUGUCCUAUGAGUCGUUCGUCAGACGGCAAGAUGCAGUACACCUCCACAGACAUGAUUUUGCGAUGUCAGGCUUUGUAUCGCAAGACUUUUGGGACGGCUAAGAAUCAGCGGAAGACACCAGACCUGCCAAGACGAAAAUUGUCAGAGAAGACAGCUGCUCCUAAAGGCGUUCAGGGCUUUCUCCGAGUCAGACAUGAUGAGAUAACAUCAUUGAUGAAGCAACAGCGGGAGGCAUCAGGGUCAGACCAGACUUUGGAGCAAGCAGGCCUUGAGGAAAUCACUGCGAAUUCGGCCACCAAGAAAGCCACCGCCAAGCAGCAAAGCCUUUGUAAGACUAUGCGAGACAAUCAAGACAAGAAGAGGAAGGCUUUGGAACUUCUGGCCGAUGGGUCAGACCCGCAUGCAGAGGCGACCUUGCAAGCUUGUCAGCAGGAGAUGCAGGCGAGAGAAGUAGCUGACCUCACACGACGUGACUUGCAAUGGUCAGAGAGGAACAACUGCACAUUAUCAUUUUCCUGCAGCUGCGUCCUGAUGCCUGGCAUUGAACUUUCGUCAGACGAGCAGUCUCUGCUUGCCAAACUGAGAAUCAAGACCUUGGCCUGGAAGUCAGAUGUGGAAUUCUUCCGGGAACUGUUCCAGGUUAAGGACCUGAUUUGGUUUACAAACGGGGACGAAGGUCAGAUUGUGUGCCAGGGCGGUCUUCGCUCGGCGUGUCAGUCCACUGGUCAGACUGCUGGUCAGACUAAUAACGACGACGAGUCAGACAAUAAGACGCCUGAGUUAGAAAGGUUGCCCGCUUUCCUCAUGGCAUCUCGUUUGGUUGGUGGCUGGGUGGCAGGAAUCGAGUGGCUUGUGGAGUGUAAGAGAUUGGGAUGGAAGCUGCAGCCAGUGCUGCGACUGGCACGUGCUGUGAGUGUUCCCCGUGAGCUGCAUCUUCAUAACUCGUCAGAGUUUUCCUCCAUGAUCAGCCAGAUCGUGUUCGUGGGCUGUCAGAUUGCGAGUGCGAACUGCCUGUGGUCCACCCGUGACUCCCGUAAGAACCUGCAGCUCGUUUGCAAUUGA